UAUGUAUUAUGUGUGUGUGUGUGUGUAUUUAUAUGUAUUAUGUGUGUGUGUGUGUGUAUUUAUAUGUAUUGUGUGUGUGUAUUUAUAUGUUGUGUGUGUGUGUUUGUAUUUAUAUAUGUGUGUGUGUGUGUGUUUGUAUUUAUAUGUGUGUGUGUGUGUGUGUGUGUGUGUGUGUGUUCCUCGACUGAAAUUAUUUGACAUGCAAAUUCAAACUUUGUCACUUGAGUCAUUUACAGAAGCAGAAGAGGAAACGCGCGAUCAGCUUCAUGAAAUUGAAAGAAACGUGUUAAACAGUUUUUUAGUACAGUCCGAUGUGAUCCACCAGCCGCAGUCAUGCCCACUCCUGACACUCACACACACACAAACACACACGCGCACCGACGGGCCCGGCCUAUCAGUGUCCGACCCCCCGUCCGCGCCCUCAGAGCCAAUCACCCGCGGCCGCUGGAAGUAGGACAAGCCGCUUCCUGAUUGUGGGUUUAAGGAGGAGCCGCCGGAGUCCGUCAGGAGCGGAUCAGAACCAGCGAAACGGCGCAGGACCACCGACAACACACAGACACCGGACAGAUAGCCGCUACCGGAGACCGAACCGUGGAGCUAGUGCCGUGCGCGCGGGCGCGACGCGCGUCAGAUUCAGGAAGUGCGCGAGACGGCGGUCAGGUGGGACGCGCCGCGGCGGGGGAAACUCAGGUGACAGCAGCUCAGGAUCGACUCCGAGCACGUCAGACAGACAGACAGACAGACAGACAGACAGACAGACAGAAGCGUCUGUGAGUUUAUGGACUGGAGGUGGCGAUGUCUCCAGGAGAGGACGGUCUAAUCGGGAUCCCCUUCCCGGAGCACAGCAAUGAGCUCCUGUCCCGUCUUAACGCUCAACGCCGGUCAGGGCUGCUCUGUGACCUCACGCUGACCUCGCAUGGUGCGCGAUACCCAACGCACCGGUCCGUCAUGGCCGCCGUCAGUCUUUACUUCCGCCGUCUGUUUGGGGCGGAGGAGGGCGAGGAUGGAGGCGAGGGCGUGGGCGACAGCUGUAGCGUUUGCCAGCUGGAUUGCGUGUCGCCGGACGCGCUGGCGGCGCUGCUGGAGUUCGCCUACACCGCGACGCUGACGAUCCGCAGCUCGGGCAUGAGGGAUGUUCUGAAGGGUGCGCAGCUGCUGGGCAUUCAAUGUGUGGCAGACGCCUGCAGAGACAUCCUGGGCGAGUCGGGCAAUGAUCUGACAGACGCUGUAGAGGAGGCAGAGCGCUUGCCAUCUCGCCGCAAACAGGGCCGAUGCUCCGUGACCAGAGCGAUAACUCCAGUGAGACCAGCAUGGCGGAGUUCCCAACCCGAAAUGGUACCGGCGUCUGAAGAGUAUGGGCUGCUUCCCACGCAAGGGCGAGAAGGACACCCACCACCCAUCAUGGGACAGAACCGAGGUGCACGCGAAGGCCACCGAGAGGGGCUAAUUAACGGAGGCAAGCACUGGCCACAAGAGUCAACCUUGAUCCCUCAACGCCCUGAAGACACCCCAUCAGAGGAGGAGGAGUCAAGCGUGCAAGGGCAGGCCACACCCCUCAACAGCCAGUCACAAGCCAACGGAGCUGGGGGUGGAGCAACAGUGGGAGGUGGCAGGAAAAGGAAGUCUCAGACACCACAGCAGUGUCCCGUCUGUCAGAAAAUCAUCCAUGGGGCGGGAAAGCUGCCGCGGCACAUGAGAACACAUACGGGAGAGAAACCCUUCCAGUGCACCGCCUGCGGCGUCCGGUUCACACGGAACGACAAGCUGAAGAUCCACAUGCGUAAGCACACGGGUGAGCGGCCGUACCCGUGUCCCAGCUGCCCCGCCCGCUUCCUGCACUCCUACGAUCUGAAGAACCAUCUGUCGCUGCACAGCGGAGAUCGUCCUUUCGAGUGCCCGCUUUGCCACAAGGCCUUUGCCCGCGAGGACCAUCUGCAGCGCCACAGAAAGGGCCACAGCUGUCUGGAGCUCCGAACCCGUCGCCCGUGCCGUGCAACAGGGCCCGAAACCGGAGCCUCCCCACCCUCUGAUUUAUUCAGCGUUCAUCAGCAUCCCGAUCACAUGAGCGCAGUCGCAGCUGCGCAGCUCCGGUACCCACCAGACCCCGAGGGCCACAGUGUGCCGGUGCAGGCUGUGCCACUGAUGGGGGCAGCCAGGAUGCCCUACCCUGAGCUGCUGUGGCGGGCAGUUGGGGGACCGGCGAUUGAAGCGCUGGAUAAAAGAGAGGGAGGCUCGUCUCCACAUGGCAGCGCGCCAGUAACGCAUAGAACAUGGAACGAUGAGGAUGAGGACGCUGGUGGGGAGGAGGAAGAGUGAUAACGCUGGUGUGUGUGUGUGUGUGUGUGUGUGUGUGUGUAACAUUGUAAAUCAGUUGUAUAGUCACAUCAGUUUCUGUUCCUGCGGUGGAGCCCCUCAGAUCUCCAUGCAGCAAACUGUAACAUUUAUACGACAGCAACAUAAUGCAACUACAAGCACGGGAAAUGGUGAAAAAGGGUUUGGAACUGUUGUAAUAGUCAUUUCUCCUGUAUUUUGUUUUAUUUGUCAUAUUGUCUUUGUUUUUACAGUAUGUAUGAAUAUGUAUGUAUCCACAUCGAGCGCUUUUGCAGAUCUAUUAAUGUCGAAUUGUUUUGUUAUGUUCUGUCUGGAGGACUUGAGGUUUAUAUUGUUCAUGCUAUGCAGAAUUUAACAUGAGAGAGAGAUUGAACAAAUCAGGCAAAAAAAUCAAUAAUUAAUUAAAGGCGACAUAAAGAUGUGGCCUUCUGUCUACAGUACAUACCGCCACGUACAGGUCAUGACCGGUGAUGACAGGUGAUUACUGGUGAUGACAAGUCAUAACCGGUGAUGAUGACAGGUCAUGACCGGUAAUGACAGUUUAUGAUGACCGGUGAUUACCAGUGAUGACAGGUCAUAACCGGUGAUGAUGACAGGUCAUGACCGGUAAUGACAGUUGAUGAUGACCGGUGAUUACCAGUGAUGACAGGUCAUAACCGGUGAUGAUGACAGGUCAUGACUGGUGAUGACAGGUCAUGACAGGUCAUGACUGGUGAUGGCUGGUGAUGACAGGUCAUGACUGGUGAUGAUGACAGAUCAUGACCGGUAAUGACUGGUGAUGACAGGUCGUGACAGGUGCUCAGGGUAUCAUGAAGCUGAACUGACCGGUGAUGAUGACUGGUGAUGACAGGUCAUGACCGGUGAUGAUGACAGGUGAUUACCAGUGAUGACAGGUCAUGACCGGUGAUUACCAGAGAUGACAGGUCAUGUCUGGUGAUGAUGACAGGUCAUGACCGGUGAUGAUGACAGGUGAUUACCAGUGAUGACAGGUCAUGUCUGGUGAUGAUGACAGGUCAUGACUGGUGAUGACUGGUGAUGACAGGUCAUGACUGGUGAUGAUGACAGAUCAUGACCGGUAAUGACUGGUGAUGACAGGUCGUGACAGGUGCUCAGGGUAUCAUGAAGCUGAACUGACCGGUGAUGAUGACUGGUGAUGACAGGUCCUGACCGGUGAUGACAGGUGCUCAGGGUAUCAUGAAGCUGAACUGACCGGUGAUGAUGACUGGUGAUGACAGGUCCUGACUGGUGAUGAUGACCGGUGAUGACAGGUGCUCAGGGUAUCAUGAAGCUGAACUGCUAUCUGGUGAAGAAUUUAGUUUAGAUGCUCUUAAAUGUAGCUUAUUUUUAUUUUUUUUACAAUUCCUUUUCAAAUGAUAGAAUUUCCUCUCACACCAAAGAUUACGAUUGGAAUGAAUUGAGACAUUAGAGAUGCGUUUUGCUCAGUAGAAUAUAUAUAUUGCUCGGAUACUUCUAGCCUUAUUUUAAAAAGAGCGACCGAAAGCGGACCAGAUCUCAGUUCUUACACCUCUGAGGUGUUUAAUCCGCUCUGUUGGACAAGAGCGCGAGGGCCUUGUGAAUCUCAGUCGGAAAUGUUUGACGAUUUCUGUUUACGUUUGUUCAGUUUUUGAGUUUGAGAUGCUGAAUUUAGAGGAACGGUCCUAAUUUUCCAGCGCUAGUUUUCUUUAUAAAAGAAAAGGGAAGAUGAGAAAAAAAAUCUUUUGUGUACUAUUCUAUUUAUUUAUUUGUUGGUUUGAUAUUUAUUGCAGCGUUUGGGUUAUUCUGCAUCUUCCUUAUGAAGCUUCUCACACGCUUCUCUCAGAGUCUGAAGUUGUUUUACUUUUUCGCCGAGAUCGAUGACUGUAGUCAGUUGACUCCUUUAGGCCUGGUCUAGGAUCAGUUUUGCCUUUUUUUCUCGUAAUGGCCUCAGGUAGAUGCAGUGUGACGUCUGAUCUCUGAACAGUGGCUGCUGCCGCUCAACUGGAUGUCCGUUGCAUCCCGUAUGACAUCACUGUACAUGUGUACAGGCGCAUGUAAACGCUCCGGUGCUUUACAGAACUGCAAGAUUGAUGGAGUUUCUGCAAUCUCCUCUGUUUGCAAAAUUUUGCACAUUGAAUUUCUAAAUUAAAGUAAAAUGCCCUCCAGUGAGGGGCACAAAACUCAGAGGAGUUUUGCCUUUUUGACACAAAUGCAUUUAUAAAACAAGGAAUAUAAUAAAUGAACAUUUGCAUUAUAUGGAGAAUAAGUCUAUAGCUUUAGUCGCCGGAGAGCGUUUUGGCUCUUUGAUCAAUUCUUUAAAGCAAUCUAUAUGAGAGACCCCGAUCGACAGGCGUCAGGGGAAGCGUUUCGCAAUGCAUUCUGGGGGUUUGAGUCUUGUGUUUGUUAGUGUACCGCUGACAGUAGGGAAACUACCCAAAGAGGUUUAUUUGCACUAAAAAUUGAAUCUUUGUGUUUUGAAAUAUUUUCUUAUUCAUUAGAUCACUUAAUGAUUGUACAUUCUCAAUUUCUUUAAAAAAUACAAAAUGUUAAAAAAAAUCUGCAUCGUAAUAUUAAGAAAGUUAUGAUGUAAAAUGGUCAAGCUGCCUUGGUUUAAUUUUUUUAUUUUAUUUUUUUUUUGCAACUAUUCUCAGGAAAUCGUGAGCCAUGCACUGGUUAUGCAAAAGUUUGCUGAAAUCUUAAUUUAAUGUAUAGAUUUGUGCUUGGAAAUAUGAAUAGCCCUGUUAGCAAGAAAAGCCUAGUUUAAUUACGCUUUUAAAGAAAUGUAAUCGUUUAGUAAUGGAGAUUGUUUUAUAUGAACUGAUUGGUUUGUUUUGGGCUGUUCUUACUAUAGAAGUGAAUGUAUGGAUGGGCGCUGAUCUUGUGUUUUUGGGUGACGGGGCUCCUGGUGAAACCCCCUUCAAUCAGGGAUAUAUUUUCUGUUAAUAGAGUGAAACUUUCUCAGCGAUGGAAAAUCAUUUCUCGUGUUGUACAAAUAAAGAGCAAAUAAACAAAGAUUUAUCUACAUCUAGAUUGUGCUGCCUUUCUUGUCGUUCCUCAGCGAUCUAGAGUUUGUCAUUUUGCGUUCAGUAAAUAUUUACCUGCAAAGUUUGAUUUGAUAUUUAUGAGUCUUCCAUUUUUUAUUUGCAA